AUGGAUACAUCAUCUACUCCUAUGAUAAGCAAUUCAUCAGAAGAAAAAAAAAUUUCAACUGAUAAAAAUGGAAAAUAUAUUGUGUCACAAAAUCUUGAAUAUUUAUGUAGAAUUAUUCAAGAUUUGUCAUAUUUCAGUUCAAGUAUUAUAUUUAUUGCUAAGGGAGAUCAAUUUUUAUUAUGUACAUAUAAUCCUUCAUCAUCAUUGUUUAGUAAAACAACUUUACAAAGAAAAUUUUUUACUUUAAUAGAUACUACAUUUUUACCUGAUGAAGAUUCUCAAUGUUGUAUUAGUAGUGAAUCAGCAAAUUUAGUAUUUAAAAUUCCUCGAGAGACUCUUGAUGAUAUCAAUUAUCUUAGAAUUGAUAUUGAUUCAUCUAAAGAUUUUAUAGAUAUUAUGUUUUUUGGACCUAGUCAAGUUAUUGAAGCUAUUAAAAUUGAUCAAAUUACUUUCAUUAAUCCAAUAGAUAAUUAUUUAUCUUGUCAUGAUAGGGGAGAAUUUUUUAUUGUUAGUAGUUUAGAUAUUUGGGAAAAUUUAUUUAAAAGACAACAUCAUGCUUUUUCUCAAGUAAUACUUAGUUUGAAGAAUGAAGUUAUUGUUAUUAAAUUAAGAGAACAAAAUACUGGUAAAAUAUCAAACUUUUGUAUGGAAAUUAAUACCAAUAAUUUUAUUCAGUAUAAUAAAGAAAAAGAAUCUACUAUAUCUUUUAGUUAUGGUGAAUUUGCUAAAGCAUGUAAAAUUAUAUCAAAAUUAAGUAGAGUAUUUGCCUUAGAAUAUGUUAGUGGAGAGGCUCCCUUAAAAAUGACAGGAUAUCAAUCUGAGCUUGUUGAUUUUGAAAUAUUUUUUCCAUGCAAUAUUGAAUAA